AAGAACUCUCUCAUUUCCUUAAUAAUCUCUGUUUUCUUUCUUUCAUCUGUUGUGAAAAUCCCUCUUACAACACCCAAAGCUGGGUGAAGAUUGGUGGAAGUUCCAGCACUGAAUCAACAGAGAAGAACCAAAAAAAAGGAGAUAGUGAACAAGUACUUUGCCAUUCAACUAUAGGCCUCAAGAGUGACUCAAAGCCGUAUUCCUUUAUAGACUCUAAACCUUUCAAAAACAAAGAGAAGCCUCCGGAUUCUGUUGGACUGAAUGCAGAAGGAUUUGUGAAGGAUGAUAUGAACAGAGUAAUGCAUGAUAUAAAAGGAAAUGAUGGAGAUACGGACCCCAUGCUAUAUCUAGAGAAGACAGGAGAUGGAUGGCCAGCAUCAAAACUUGAUUGUUCUAUGAGUGUAAAUGACUUUUCCAAUGGUAAUGAAAAGGAGGCCCGAGAUUUUGUGCCACCAAAUUCUCAUUCUUUGAAGAAUAUGGGUUCAUUUCAGGACUCGGUUUUUUAUUUGGACAAAAGUGUAAUGGAAUAUGCAUUGCCCGAAUUGGUAGUUUGCUAUAAAGAGAGUGCAUAUCAUGUCGUCAAAGACAUCUGUAUUGAUGAGGGAGUUCCAACUCAGGACAAGUUCUUGUUUGACAGUGUUGUGGACAAGAAGAGUGAUUGCAACUUUCUGCCUUCUGAAGAGGAUCAAGACAGUAAGCUGCUGAAAGAAAAAUCAGAGAGUGAUAUAUCUAUGCAAGCUGGUUCCAUGUAUCCAGAAGAAAAUCAAAUGGACAAGGAUAUUGAUAAUGAACGUGAUUCUAAUAAAAAAACCAUUUCUGAUAAAUGUACCCAAGAUAUUUCGUUAUCUCUAGAAGAAAAUGAGCCUAAAAACAGAAUUCCGAGUCAAUGUGAUACGGAGGAUUUGAUACUGUCUAGGAAAAUGACGGACGACACAAUGAAAAUGGCCAGAGAUGAUGUCUCCAAAGAGUUGUUUACCCUUGGAGAGUUGCUUUCCAUGCCAGAACUCAGCACAGUGAAACCCAAAGCUAUGUCAUCCAAUUGCAAAAGUGAUGGAAUCAAACAACAGUGUUUUCAGAACUCGAAGGAGAAGGAAGUCAUGGUGAUGCCUCCUUUGGUUUCUGCAGAUAAAGAAUCAGACAAUAGCAGCAAGGAGACAAUUCUAUCUGCUUCUGCACCGGUCUCUGUAGCUGAAGAAAUGGACAGUAGGAAAGAGGAAGCUACCAUGUUCAGCCCUGUUACCAGCAGCAGCCUUGUCAAUGAGGUAUCUGAUGAUAGCAAACUGGCAGCUCGAAGUAUCGCAUUUGGCUUUGAUUCUUCUGCAUUGACGAGCAGCAAAAAUGAGGGUUGCCACAAUCUUGAUCGUGAAGCUCUUGAGACUGGCCAUACACCCAAGCUUGAAGACAUAGCUGAUCAGCCUUCUUCAAACAAUCUUCAAUGUGGAAACGGAGAGUCUAGUUUCUCUGCUGCUGGCCUUGUAACAGGUCUAAUAAGUUACUCUGGGCCAAUAGCAUAUUCAGGCAGUCUCUCUCAUAGAUCAGAUAGCAGCACAACGAGCACGCGUUCCUUCGCCUUUCCAAUAUUGCAGUCUGAAUGGAAUAGCAGUCCAGUAAGAAUGGCAAAAGCGGAUCGGAGACAUUACCGGAAGCAUAGGGGUUGGAGGCAGGGACUCCUUUGCUGUAGAUUCUGAAAUCCAUAGGUUAUACAAAUUUUUAUUAAUUUUGUUUAUCAACUUAUAUACAUCAUCUCCUUAUCUCUGGCUUGGCUUGUAAUGUGCAGUAGGUUUUAGAGUUUGGAUCUCAUGCAUGCAAAUUGAGCUGCAAACAAUAUCCUAAUCCUAUAAUAUUCAUAUAUCAUUGUAGUAUUUAUUUAUUUA